GGAAGUAGAUUUCUGCGCGCUUUCGCCUUCUCCUGAAUUAAAGGCGAGUGGCGGGAGCCGUUGUCAACCGGGGGGCACCAACUUGUCGUUGUUUGUUGUUUACCUCGAUCCUGUGCGCACUUCCUGGCGGCCUGGACUGUGUCGUCUCGGAGACCGGCUCUUCUUUCAGACAUGGAUUUUAAGAGGCGGAACGGCGGCCCCCACCUGGGUGGACAAUCUCAGGCGAAGAAGGGCAAGAUGGCUGGUGACUGGGAGGACGGUCCGUCGCACUUUGAGGAGGAGCUGUCUAUGUUUGAUGAUGCCGACAUGGAGGCUGAAGGGAUGGAGGGCCAGGCGGGUCAUGAUGUGAUUCCAGUCGGUGAACUCUUCUCAGCCGACCUGAACCCACGCUGGCGACGACCUGCAGCCCAAACACUCGACUCCUCCACAGAAACUCUGGUGUUUCAACAGAUAGACCUUGACUACUAUUUAGGAUCGUCGGUCGCUGGCAUGCCGGGACAGCUGCAGGGAAAAGUUCCGAUCAUACGAAUGUUUGGCGUCACCGACAGCGGCAACAGUGUGUGCUGUCACAUCCACGGCUUUGCACCUUACUUCUACAUCCCUGCGCCGAACGGGUUUACAGCUAAUGAUUUGGGCGACUUUAAGAGAGAGCUGAACUCCGUCGUCCUCAAAGACAUGCGCUCCAAUAAAGACGACAUUUCCGUCACAGUGUUGGCUGUGGACAUCACACGUAAAGAAAAUAUGUAUGGUUACCAUGGCAAACGUGUGAUGGACUUCUUGAGGAUCACCAUGGCAAUGCCUCGACUCAUCGCGCCUGCCAAACGCCUGCUGGAACAAGGAUUCAAGUUCGGCCAGUUCCCCAUCCAGAGUUAUCAGUCCUUUGAGGCCAACAUUGACUUUGAAAUCAGGUUCAUGGUGGAUGCUGACGUGGUGGGCUGCUGCUGGAUAGAACUCCCUAAAGGAAAGUACAUGGUACGAGAAGAGAAGAGCAGUGGAGGCUCGGAUUCUCGGAAUCCAGGCAAGGUGUCCUUGUGUCAGUACGAGGUGGAUGUGGGGUGGACUGACAUGAUCAGUCACCAGGCUGAGGGAGACUGGCAGAGGAUCGCCCCUCUGAGAGUCCUCAGCUUCGAUAUUGAGUGUGCGGGAAGAAAAGGAAUCUUCCCAGAGGCCGAUAAGGACCCGGUGAUCCAGAUUGCGUCGAUGGUGCAGCGGCAGGGUGAGACGGAACCAUUCAUCCGCACAGUCUUCACCCUGCAGUCCUGCGCCAGCAUUGUGGGCUCCCAGAUCUUGUGCUUCACUCAGGAGAAGCAGAUGCUCCAGAGUUGGGCCGAGUUUUUGAGGACGGUGGACCCCGACAUCAUCACCGGGUACAACAUCCAAAACUUCGACUUCCCGUACUUGCUCAACAGAGCGGCUGCUUUGAAGGUGAACCUGUUCCCCUAUCUGGGCCGGGUCCGAGGGAUCAAGUCUGUGCUGAAGGAUCUGAACUUCCAGAGCAAGCAGAUGGGCCGCAGAGAGAACAAGACCAUCAACAUGGAGGGACGGGUCCAGUUCGACCUGCUGCAGGUUCUGCUCCGUGACUACAAGUUGCGCUCAUACACUCUCAACGCUGUGAGUUUCCACUUCCUGCAAGAGCAGAAGGAGGACGUCCAGCACUCCAUCAUCACUGAUCUCCAGAAUGGGAACGAGCAGACGCGGCGGCGCCUGGCCGUGUACUGCCUGAAGGACGCCUACCUGCCGCUGCGGCUGCUGCAGAAGCUGAUGUGCGUCAUCAACUACAUGGAGAUGGCCAGAGUGACGGGCGUGCCCCUCACCUACCUGCUCUCCAGGGGGCAGCAGAUCAAGGUCGUCUCCCAGCUGCUGAGACAGGCGGCCAAGCAGGACCUGGUCAUGCCGGUCGUGAAGUCUCAAGGAGGCGAGGACUACACCGGGGCUACCGUCAUCGAGCCAGAGAAAGGUUACUACAGCGUCCCCAUUGCCACUCUGGAUUUCUCCUCCUUGUACCCGUCCAUCAUGAUGGCGCACAAUCUUUGCUACACCACGCUGCUCUCCAAAAACUCUAUCGACAAACUGGGGCUUUCAACAGAAGACUUCAUCAGGACUCCCACUGGUGAUCUGUUUGUGAAAAGCUCUGUGCGCAAAGGUCUCCUGCCCGAGAUCCUGGAGAACCUGCUGUCCGCCCGAAAGAGAGCUAAAGCCGAGCUGAAGAAGGAGACCGACCCGUUCAAGAAGCAGGUGCUGGACGGUCGACAGCUGGCGCUCAAAAUCAGCGCCAACUCGGUCUACGGUUUCACGGGAGCGCAGGUGGGCAAGCUGCCCUGCCUGGAGAUCUCGCAGAGCGUCACUGGCUUCGGGAGGCAGAUGAUUGAAAGAACCAAGCAGCUUGUGGAAUCCAAGUACACCCUUGCUAACGGUUACCAAGGUGACGCCAAGGUUAUUUAUGGCGACACCGAUUCCGUCAUGGUGAAGCUCGGGGUCUCCACGGUGACGGACGCCAUGACGAUCGGGAGGGAGGCGGCUGAGUGGGUGUCGUCCCAUUUCGUCUCACCCAUUAAACUGGAGUUCGAGAAGGUCUACUACCCGUACCUGCUGAUCAACAAGAAGCGCUACGCUGGACUUUACUUCUCCUCCAACGCCAACACACACGACAAGAUGGACUGCAAAGGCAUCGAAACUGUCCGCAGAGACAACUGCCCCCUGGUGGCCAACUUGAUCAACACCUGUCUACAGAGGAUUUUGAUUGACAGGGACCCUCAGGGGGCCGUGGAUCAUGCCAAAGAGGUGAUCUCCGACCUGCUGUGUAAUCGCAUCGACAUCAGCCAGCUGGUCAUCACCAAGGAGCUGACGCGCACUGCUCAAGAGUACGCCGGCAAGCAGGCUCACGUGGAGCUGGCAGAGAGGAUGAAGAAGAGAGACGCAGGCAGCGCCCCCAACCUGGGAGACAGGGUCCCUUACGUCAUCAUCCAGGCGGCCAAGGGCGUGGCAGCCUACAUGAAGUCGGAGGACCCCAUCUACGUGCUGGAGAACAACAUUCCCAUCGACACACAGUACUACCUGGACCAGCAGCUGUCCAAACCUCUGCUGAGAAUAUUUGAGCCCAUUCUCGGGGAGAGCAAAGCCGAGAGCGUCCUCCUCAAGGGCGACCACACCCGCUGCAAGACCGUGCUGACAUCCAAGGUGGGCGGCCUCAUGGCCUUCGCUCAGAAGAGGAGCACGUGUAUCGGCUGCAAAGCAGUUCUCAAGACAGAAUCUGCUGUGUGCGACUUCUGCAAGAAGAAGGAGUCAGAACUUUACCAGAAAGAGAUCUUCCACCUGAGCACCCUGGAGGAGCGCUUCGCUCGGCUCUGGACUCAGUGUCAGCGAUGUCAGGGGUCCCUCCACGAGGACGUCCUCUGCACCAGUCGAGACUGUCCCAUCUUCUACAUGAGGAAGAAGGUUCAGAAGGACCUGGAUGACCAGAGCAAACUGGUUUCUCGAUUCGGUUGGUGAAAGUAGCCAACCCCCUUUGGAAGACACUGACAUACACCAGCCUGUUGCUUGUAAAAAAAAUAUAUACGUUUCUAUUGUUUUCUAUUCUGAAUAAAUCAA